UGAGAUUACCACUCAGAAGAACCAGGGCACUAAUGGAAAGGCGUGUGGAUAGAACAUGCCCUCUUUGUCCCUAUUUGCCUCAACUUUUUUCUUUUCCCCAUCAACGGAUUCCAGUUCUCUCAAUAUUGGAGUUAUGGUUGAACAUGGCUAUUAACAAUAUGCCAGUUUCUAUUAAGGUCUGACCUCUGAAGUUACUACUGAUCUAUCUGAAAAUAUCUCACCAUCACCACUGUAUUUAAGUUUGGUAGCCACUUACAAGCAUAUGGGUUCACAGCCUGCAAGACUGAUGAAUCCCCACAGAGGUCCGCAAAUUUCUCUGUACAAUAAGCAAGCAAGUUGUAGAUGUAAGGACUAGCACUCUGCCAUUUUUCUUGCCCAAUAUCAGUACUAGAUUACUACUUUUAAAAUUGCUACUUGCAUAAGCUGAUAUUGUUUCCUUUCCUUUAUACGAUCUGCCUUUUAUGUAAUUCUUGGAGGUGAAAUAUGCAGGUAUAAAGCAAACCUAUCUUUAACUGUGAUUCUCAUUCUCUCUCAGUUCAGUGAAAGAAAAACUCCACCUUUUCUUCUCCUAAUAAUAUCAAUUCGUCUAUGGAGACAGCCCAUCUCAAUUGAAUUCGAAAGCGACCUCCAAAGCCCAAUAUAAUUCCAUCAACCUUUUAAAGCCUUGAUUCACUUCCACAGUUUCUCAAAACUUCCAAUAUCACCAGCAUCAUGGGAGCCACUGCCACAUCCACUACAGCGGAUACCAGCCCAAAUUUUGAUAAACCUUCAGAAAUUUACGCAGAUGAAGUCUCAGUCUUCCCACCAACACAUGAUGGCCUCAAAUUCUGGCAGUUCAUGAUUGCGGGCUCUAUUGCUGGCUCUAUAGAGCACAUGGCCAUGUUCCCAGUGGACACUCUCAAAACUCGCAUGCAGGCCAUUAGUUCUUCAUCCAAAACCCCAUCAAUAACUCUCAGGCAAUCGCUUGGCUCGAUCAUAAAGCUAGAAGGCAUAGCCGGGCUUUAUCGUGGCAUUGCAGCAAUGGGACUUGGUGCCGGCCCGGCCCAUGCAGUGUACUUCUCAGUGUAUGAAUCUUCCAAGAAGUUUUUAUCAAUUGGAAAUCCAAAUAAUUCAAUGGUUCACGCAGCUUCUGGGGUAUUUGCAACAGUGGCCAGCGAUGCAGUUAUAACGCCAAUGGAUGUGGUGAAGCAAAGAUUGCAGUUAAAGGGCAGUCCAUAUAAGGGAGUGGUAGAUUGUGUGAAGAGGGUUGUGAUGGAAGAGGGAUUUGGGGCGUUGUACGCGAGUUAUAGGACGACAGUGUUGAUGAAUGCACCUUUUACUGCGGUUCAUUUUGCCACUUAUGAGGCUGCAAAGAGGGGGCUGAUGAUGGAGGUUUCGAGGGGUGAUGAUGAGACAUUGUUGGUGCAUGCAACUGCUGGCGCUGCCGCGGGGGCGUUGGCUGCAGCGGUAACGACUCCACUAGAUGUUGUGAAAACUCAGUUGCAGUGCCAGGGUGUUUGUGGGUGUGAUCGAUUUUCAAGUAGUUCAAUAAGGGAUGUGAUUGAAGCGAUUGUGAAAAAGGAUGGAUAUGGUGGGGUGAUGAGGGGGUGGAUUCCCAGAAUGGUGUUCCAUGCUCCAGCUGCAGCAAUCUGCUGGUCUACAUAUGAAGCAGUCAAAAGUUUUUUCCAACAACUUAAUGGAAAAACUGAGUGAGAGAAUAGAGAUUUAGUGGAGAAGAAGGAAAUUAAGUGUCGGUAUCUCAGGACAAUUGAAUAAUGGAGAUAGAGAGAGAGGCAUUUUCUUGUAAAGUUGUAAUAGGGAGAAGUUGGGUGUUUUAUAUAUGUGAAGUAAUGAAUAGCUGGGCAGGCCUUUAUUCUCCAUACACAACUCUUUUCCUCUUUU